UGCAACGGCGGCGGCGACGCGUUCGUGAGGGCCGGGGCCGACAACGGGUUGUACGUGCGGGCGGACAUGGUCGACCUCAAGACCCUGGACAUGCAGCUGGAGAGGACGCGGUCGCACGCGUGGAUGGAGCACCAGCGGUCGCAGCGGUCGGCGUCGCCGCUGCCGGAGCCGCUGCUGCUCGAGUGGGAGAUCGACCUCGCCAAGCUCGACAUCCACAACCAGAUCGCGCACGGCACCUUCGGCGUCGUCUACCGCGGCACCUACGACGGCCUCGACGUCGCAGUGAAGGUGCUGGACUGGGGCCAUGACGGGCAGGAGUCGUCGGCGAAGCACCGCGAGGCCUUCGAGAAGGAGGUCGCCGUCUGGCAGAAGCUUGACCACCCCAACGUCACCAAGUUCGUGGGCGCGUCGAUGGGCACGUCCCAGCUGAAGAUCCCCAAGAAGGGCGGCGGCCGCGCCGUGCCCAAGGAGUGCUGCGUCGUGGUGGUCGAGUUCCAGCACGGCGGCACUCUCAAGACGCUGCUGUACAACCACCGCGACAAGAAGCUGUCCUACAAGAAGGUUGUCCACCUCGCGCUCGACCUCGCCAGAGGGCUGAGCUACCUGCACUCGAAGAAGAUCAUGCACCGCGACGUGAAGGCGGAGAACAUGCUGCUGGACCGGAAGCGGACGCUCAAGAUCGCCGACUUCGGGGUGGCGCGCGUGGAGGCGCCGAGCUGCGAGGUGACGGGGCAGACGGGCACGCUCGGCUACAUGGCGCCCGAGGUGCUGCAGGGCAAGCCCUACGACCACAAGUGCGACGUCUACAGCUUCGGCAUCCUGCUCUGGGAGACCUACUGCUGCGCCAUGGCCUACCCCAACUACAGCCUCGCCGACAUCUCCUACCACGUCGUCAAGCUGGGCAUCCGGCCGGACAUCCCGCGGUGCUGCCCGCGGGCGAUGUCGGACAUCAUGAUGCGGUGCUGGGACGGGAACCCGGACAACCGGCCGGAGAUGUCGGAGGUGGUGGCGCUGCUGGAGAAGAUGGACACCGGCAGCGGUAAGGGCGGCAUGACGCCCAUCGACGACCACGUCGCCCAGGGCUGCUCCUGCUUCGGCUUCAACCGCAGCGCCUAGGCUUAUGAUGAUGGCUCUCAUCAGUUAAGAUAAUA